AUGCCUUCUAAGCGUUACGAGCCAUCCUUUGGCGGUUUACAGAGUAACGAGAAAGGACAUAACAAAAUUCAUGAUUAUAACAAACGUUCAAAUGAACCAGCUCCGCGCCUUUCCCACCUGGAACACCUGAUAGUCCGCGUCUCUGAUAACUCGAUUCGGAGUCUUGCCGGGGCAACCAGUGCGAUAGCCUCCAGCAUCGUAACAAGUCCUCUGGACGUCAUAAAAGUCAAACUACAAGGAAGAGGUGGGCUCCAACUGUGGACGCUUGAUUCUGUCAGAAAACGACGUCCAUUGCAAGAGAGAGGUCUCAUUGGCACUGGGCGAGCAAUAUGGCAUCAAGGCGGAUUGAUUAUAUAUCAGAAGGUCAAUGACUCGCUAAAGAAGGUAUUCAUACUAAUCUCUGCCAAACGCCCAACAACAGACGUGGGUAUGCUCAAGCCUAUCUGCGGCUACUGGAGGUACCGUUUCUACAGUACUCACGAAUCCAUUAUGGGUUAUCAAAACCAGACUCAUAUCUCAGUCAAGUACAUCUACGAGGAAUACUCCGAGAGACUAUACGUCUGCCAUGGACGUAGCUCGGAAGAUUUAGCCAUACAGUUUCCAUUAUAUGAGCAAUUUAAGAUGUACUUUACGGGAUCAGGGCUUGGAAGUUGGCAUGAAGGCCAGGAAUGCCUCCAGAUCCUAGGGGUACUAACAGCUAGCGUGGCGAGCAAAGCGUGUGCAACUAUGGUCACAUAUCCGCACGAAGUUGUUCGAACAAGAUUACAAACGCAACAGAGAGUAUACCCUUCAUCAACAGCUGAACAAGCAGGAGCAAGGGAUGGCAAAGGCCUAUUGAUAUCUGAAAGUAGCCUACAAAGCGGAAAGGUCUGCAAUGCAGGGAAAACAUGGGAGAGAUUUCCCCGACUGAAUCAGGGCAUUAUAAGCACGCUUGAAACGAUCCUGCGGGAAGAAGGCUGGCGUGCCCUAUACUCUGGUAUGGGCACUAGCUUAAUCGGUGCUAUGCCAGCCUCCGCUAUGACAAUGCUGGUAUAUGAGACAGUAGUGUGGCAGAUUAAGAAGUCAAGUGCGCAGGCCAAAAGAAAGCUCGAAAUGCAGGAUGUAGCAGAAACUUGUGGUCUACGGCUCGUAUAA